AAGUGUCCGGACUGGAAGGGGGUGAAAGUGUCCGGACUGGAUGGGGGUGACAGUGUCCGGACUGGAAGGGGGUGAAAGUGUCCGGACUGGAAGGGGGUUGAAAGUGUCCGGACUGGAAGGGGGGAAAGUGUCCGGACUGGAAGGGGGUGAAAGUGUCCGGACUGGAAGGGGGGGAAAGUGUCCGGACUGGAAGGGGGGGGAAAGUGUCCGGACUGGAAGGGAGUGAAAGUGUCCGGUCUGGAAGGGGGUGAAAGUGUCCGGACUGGAAGGGGGGGGAAGUGUCCGGACUGGAAGGGGGUGAAAGUGUCCGGACU